UGAGAUCAAGAUGAGUAAAGAUGUGGUUUGUAGAUAGUGCCCAGCACAGCCGAGACCAGAGUUUGAGGCGUCACCUCUCGGGCCUAUAAAAGUUGCCACCAGAGGCCCAGGCCAUAGGCUGCUCUGCCGGGGCCGGUUCACGACGCGUCUGCGCCUCUGCCCUCUGCCCUCUCCUCAUGGCGCUCUGGGUGACUGUGGUCCUCGCUCUCACCUGCCUCAGUGCCCUCACAGCCCCGGGCCCCGUGCCUUCCUCCGCAGCCCUCAGGGAGCUCAUCGAGGAGCUGGCCAACGUCACGCAGAACCACAAGACUCCCCUCUGCAGCGGCAGCAUGGUGUGGAGUGUCAACCUGACAGCUGGCUGGUACUGUGCUGCCCGCGAGUCCCUGAUCAACGUCUCCAGCUGCAGCGCCCUGCAGAGGACCCAGAAGAUCCUGAGCAGUCUCUGCCAGCACAGGGCCGUGGCCAAGGUUUCCAGCUUCCACAACCGAGACACCAAAAUUGAAGUGGCCCAAUUCGUGCAGACACUGCUCCGAUAUUUACAGAGCCUUUAUCGCCACGGAAACUUCAACUGAGGCACGAAGUGGGCAGAGACAGGCGCUGAUUAUUUAUGCUUCGGAUCCAUUUCUCUUUCUGACAUCAGAAGCUCCUGGGGAGGCGGGAGGAGGGGGAGAAGGGAAGCUGGUUUUAGCUCGGACCUCAGCCUGUGCUGCCCGAUUUCCACCCAGCCGGCCCCUUGUCAAGGUGCCCAGGAUGGGCUCAAGCUCGGGGAGCCAGGGCGGAAGACUUCAUCAUGCCAGGCCACACUCCAAGCUGUGGCCCUGUCUCGGGUGCCACCCCUGCCAGACACUUGGCGGGCAGGGGACGCACUUCACACAGGAGCCUGACAGAGAGUGGCCUGGGCACAUUUCUUCUUAUUAUUAUUUAUGAUUGUGUGUUAUUUAAAUGAGUGUUUGUCGGUAUUAGGUGGGGGAGACUGUUGCUGCCCGAGGGCCCCAAGCAGUGAGGGGCCUGGUACUGCGCACUGUGCACACAACUCUGCUACCUCACAGGGCGCCUGGCACCCCUGGGCCUCGCCUGAGCAGGGCUCCUGUCACCAGCCCGCAUCCAGCCCUCACUAGAGUAAUUUAUUGUUUAUUAUCCCUUAAGUAUUUAAACUAAGUUACCAAAGAGUUAAUAAUAUGCGGGAGAGCGGCUGUGUGGGAUGGCGGAGGGAUUCUGGAGCAAGCUGUUUCAUUGACCGUGUCAGCUGGAAACCUGAAAUAAAGAUGGUGACGGAUAGGCCUGCUGAUGUUUGCCUCUUUUUUGGCCUCAGACUCAGGGACUCUGAGGGCGGCGGGCUGGCUGGAGGGGAGAGGGCUUGAAGGGCAAGACUGGGCCUGAAACCAGGGACACAUGGCGGGAGGGACACAGCCUAGACCGAGGACUCAGGUGGAUGGAGCUCAGGGGAGGGAGGUGGCUUGCUCGGGCCGCAUGCUGGA